AAAUGUUUUGAAUGAUAGAAAAUCCGAUCUGCUCAGCUCAUUCACUUGCGAGCAACGGCUGAGUUUACUACACUUUUUGACGUACAUUUUUGUUUUGUAAGGCAAAAGUUAAAAAAUAAAUAAAAUUUCUAGCGAAAAAUUCUAAAAUUCAAAGCAAUAAAACAAAUUCAAAAAUUAGUGUUUGUAGGCAAUUAAAUAUCAAACGGCAGCAACUAAAGUGUUGAGUGUACAAUUAAUUAGAUUGAUUUGAAAAAUUGGUGCUUUAUUUUCACAAAAAAUUCUGAUUCUUUUACGCGUUCGUGCCGUUGCAACGCAUAUGCGAACGCCGUCGCAGUGGAGCUGCAAAGAGAUAAAACCCUAGAAUUUCUACGAGUGCUAACCUUUGUCCUGCUAUUCCUCAUCAUAUCGUUGUACCUAUACCGUUACGCAUUCUAAAUGUGCGUCUAGAUUUAGGAUAAACUAAAGAAAUUUCGCACCAAAAAAAGCCAAGUAGCUAAAAACGCAGCUAGUAGAGCAAGAAUAACAACAGCAAGGAAAAAACAACAAUAACAACAACUGUAGCAACAUUAGCAACAUUGCAAGUAGUAUGGCUAAAGCGCCAGCAGUCGGCAUUGAUCUUGGCACGACGUACUCAUGCGUCGGUGUGUUUCAGCAUGGCAAAGUGGACAUCAUCGCCAAUGACCAGGGCAAUCGAGUGACUCCAUCUUAUGUGGCCUUCACCGAUACGGAGCGGUUAAUUGGCGAUGCGGCCAAAAAUCAAGUGGCCAUGAACCCGAACAAUACUAUCUUUGAUGCAAAACGUCUGAUAGGGCGCAAGUUUGACGAUGCCACUGUGCAGAGCGACAUGAAGCAUUGGCCAUUUGAGGUCUUCAAUGACAAUAGCAAACCGAAAAUGCGCAUCGAAUAUAAGGGCGAGAAGAAGAGUUUCUACCCAGAGGAGAUCUCUUCGAUGGUAUUGACUAAGAUGAAGGAGACCGCAGAGGGCUACCUUGGCAAGCCAGUUACGGAUGCUGUAAUUACUGUACCGGCAUAUUUUAACGACUCACAGCGUCAAGCCACAAAGGACGCUGGCGCUAUUGCCGGUUUGAAUGUGCUGCGCAUCAUUAACGAGCCCACCGCUGCAGCCAUUGCUUACGGACUUGACAAGAAGGGUACCAGUGAGCGUAAUGUACUAAUUUUCGAUCUGGGCGGUGGCACUUUUGAUGUAUCCAUACUCACCAUUGAGGAUGGCAUAUUUGAGGUGAAGUCCACUGCCGGUGAUACACAUCUGGGCGGCGAAGAUUUUGACAAUCGCAUGGUGAAUCAUUUUGUACAAGAGUUUCAACGCAAAUAUAAGAAAGACUUGGCACAAAAUAAACGCGCUUUAAGACGUUUGCGUACAGCUUGCGAGCGUGCCAAGCGCACGCUCUCAGCCUCAUCGCAGGCUAGCAUCGAAAUUGAUUCCUUGUACGAGGGCAUUGACUUUUAUACAUCCAUUACACGUGCGCGUUUCGAGGAGCUUAAUGGUGAUCUCUUUAGGGGUACCAUGGAGCCGGUGGCAAAAGCAAUACGUGAUGCGAAAAUGGACAAGGGGCAAAUACACGAUAUCGUGUUGGUUGGCGGUUCGACGCGCAUACCAAAAGUACAGAAGCUGCUGCAGGACUUCUUCAAUGGCAAAGAGCUGAAUAAGUCAAUCAAUCCAGAUGAGGCGGUCGCUUAUGGUGCUGCUGUGCAAGCGGCUAUACUCUGCGGUGAUAAGUCAGAAGCUGUACAGGAUCUUUUGUUGCUGGAUGUUACACCCUUAUCACUUGGUAUCGAGACAGCGGGCGGUGUUAUGACGGUGCUGAUCAAACGCAACACCACCAUCCCAACAAAGCAGACACAAGUCUUCACCACCUACUCAGACAACCAGCCCGGCGUAUUAAUACAGGUGUUCGAGGGCGAACGCGCCAUGACAAAGGACAACAAUAUACUCGGCAAGUUCGAGUUGAGCGGCAUACCGCCCGCACCGCGCGGUGUGCCACAAAUCGAAGUAACUUUCGACAUCGACGCGAAUGGUAUACUCAAUGUAACAGCAGUGGAGAAAUCAACAGGUAAAGAGAAUAAAAUCACCAUCACCAAUGAUAAGGGACGCUUGGGCAAGGAAGAUAUCGAGCGCAUGGUGAACGAGGCAGAACAGUAUCGCAACGAGGAUGAGAAACAACGUGAGCGCAUCAACUCAAAGAAUGCGCUCGAGUCCUAUUGUUUCCAGAUGAAGUCCACUAUGGAUGAUGAAAAUAUACGUGCAAAAAUAUCGGAUGCUGAUAGGCAAUUGAUAUUGCAAAAGUGCAAUGAGACCAUCAGCUGGCUAGAUAGCAAUCAGCAGGCGGAGAAGGAUGAAUUCGAGUAUAAGCAAAAAGAGUUGGAGAAGAUUUGUAGCCCAAUUAUAACGCGUUUGUACCAGGGAGGCGUACCGCCUCCACCAAAUGCAGGCGGUGCUGGUGGCUCCUCGGGUACAGCGGGAGGUCCGACCAUUGAAGAAGUGGACUGAGCGAUUUUAGGAUGCAAAAUGAGUUUUUUGUUGGUGUAUGCAAAAUUAAAAGUCAGGAAAACAUAUUUUUGGUGUUGCUUUAUUUUUCUAAAUAACAUUUUUCUUUAUUUGUUGUUAUCUGAUGCUUCAAUUCGUAUUUUACUAUGGUCUAUUUUACAUAUCUAUACAUACAUUUUAACAACAUAAACUACAAAAUUUGUUUGAAAAUUUUGGCGAAAGUAUAAUAAAUUUAAAUCGAUUUCGUGGUUUAUUACAUUUUUGGUA